AUGGCGGACAUCCUCACCCAACUACAAACAUGUCUAGACCAGCUCGCGACUCAAUUCUACGCAACGCUGGGCUACCUAAGUACAUACCACGACAAUUCCCCCGCAAUCCCACCAAACGUCCCCAACGCCGCACCCGCUCUCUCAAAGAUGACCAAAAACACCACAUCACCACCCAUCCCGGCCUCAGUCGCCGGCGCCAGCGGCCCAGCAGCAUCACCCCCACCCCCACCACCGCAACAACCCGGCGCCGGCGCAGGACUCCAAGACCCAGACCAACCGCCCGAGCCCGAUUCCGCGCGCACAUUCGCCAGUCGGCAGCGAGAAUUGGCGCGCGAUCUGAUUAUCAAGGAGCAGCAGAUUGAGUACCUCAUUUCGGUGCUACCGGGUAUCGGGACCUCGGAGGCGGAGCAGGAGGCUAAGAUUCGGGAGUUGGAGGUUCAGCUGCGAGAUGUUGAGGGGAAGAGGGAGGCCAAGGCGUUGGAGUUGAGGAAGUUGAGGGGGAAGUUGGAGAAUGUGCUUGGUGCAGUUGCGGUGGGGAUUCAUGGGGAUGAGAAGGGUCGUCGUUAG